AAAGUAAGGCUGUAUUCGCAGAGACGCACGUGUAAAUCGACCUCAUUUUAUGCGAUAAAAAUAAUAUUCGUUCGUCGGCGGACUGUAGCUUGAGGUAAAUCUGACGAUUUUUUCGCCAUCACUGUAUAAUCUUACGAAAAACAUUCGUAUAUCGCCAGAUCAGGCCAGUAAAUAUGCCAGAGUUAACAGAACUUGACAAGGCGGCUAGUUCAGAGCCUACCAAGGUAGAGUUGGUAGGUAUCGGCUCAGCGACUGAUUCAGAUUCAGAUGAUACUAUACCAGAAUUAGAAGAUGCAGGUACUCCUGGCACUGUCGGGUUUCCUGGCACAACUGUCACUGGACUUCCCAUUGAUAUGGUAUCUAAGGCUAAGCAGAGUCGCGGUGAAAAAAAGGCCAGGAAGCUUAUGAGCAAAUUAGGAUUGAAACCGGUACAAGGAGUCAAUAGAGUGACUAUUCGCAAAUCAAAGAACAUUCUAUUUGUUAUAAAUAAACCAGAUGUUUUGAAAAAUCCAGCUUCGGAUACAUAUAUAGUAUUUGGUGAAGCCAAGAUUGAAGAUCUCAGCCAGCAAGCUCAGGUUGCAGCAGCUGAGAAAUUCAAGGAACCACCAGUUAUACCAGCGACUGAAGCUGGUGGCAGUACUACGGUUGUUGCUCCUAUACAAGAAGAAUCGGAAGAAGAAGUGGAUGAAACAGGUGUAGAGGAGAAAGACGUUGAUUUGGUUAUGUGUCAAGCUAAUGUAUCACGAGGGAAAGCUAUUAAAGCUCUUAAAAAUAAUCAAAAUGACAUUGUCAAUGCUAUUAUGGAAUUGACAAUGUGAUGAAAUUGUUUAGAAGUAGGCUGUACUGCGAGUAAUUGACGUUCCGAGAUCAUAAUUUUAUCGUACGCACAUCAUCACAGAAAAUGCCAUUCUUCCUUUUAUUCGAUUGAAAAAGAGAUUAUGACAUCGAGAAAACUGGAUACACUUGUAAUUGUCUCGAGAAAUUCAAUUCACAUGUAUAUACAAAAUUCGUGUAAAAGAAAAGAAAAAUAAAUACAUUAAGAUCAUUA